CUGUGGAAUUCUGGGAGUUGAAGUCCACAUGCCUUAAAAUUGUCAAGGUUGAGAAACACUGAUCUACACUAAAGCCAUCUUCAUUAAAAUUGAACAGUGUUGGAGCAUCCACAAGUUCUGGACGCAAGCCAUUCCACUGGUUAAUGGCUCCCAUUUUCUCCUUAGUUCCAGGUUGCUUCUCUCUUUGAUUAGUUCCCAUCCCUCGCUUCUUGUCCUGCCUUCAGGGGCUUUGGAGAAGAGCUUGACUCCCCUGUUUUUCCUUCCUUCUGGAAGGAGAAGCAGAAGGGGGGGGGGACACAAAGAUUUCUACUAAUAGUUCAUCUUUGUCUCUUCCUAAUUCAUUCUCAUCCUGUCUUUUCUUACUAGCCUGCUCAGCUUCUCUCUGUGUUUUUCCCCCCCUUGUCCUCUCUUUGUUUCUUGAGUUUAAAAAGAACAAAUACAUAAAUGUGCUUGGAUGGAGGGAGGAAAGCCCUAAUUAACCCUUUUUCUAAAGCCCAUCAAAAACCUGUUCCACAGGUUGCCACUUUAAGAUAAAUAGCUCAAGUGCCCAGUUUUUUGUAGGGAUCACCUGUACAGAGAUGAAGUGUAUGGCAGCUGCUUCCAGGGCAGACCCUGGGGAACGAGCCAAGGGUUACCGAGGACGGCAAGGCAAAUGGCUGGCUUCAAGCCACGUCCAUCCUGAAGAAAAGCAAGCGGUUGAGGCGGAACAAUGUCGAAUUUGACCGGGUCACUGUCUUCUACUUCCCGCGUUGCCAAGGAUUCACCAGCGUGCCUAGCUGUGGGGGCUGCACCUUGGGGAUGGCUAGGAAGCAUGGCUUCUCCCGGGAAUUCACCAUGUCGGAAUUUUGCAAGCAGCAGCAGAUCGUCCGCCGUGAGAAGCUGAAGGACAGGCUGAAAGAAGAAAGACUUGAAGCCCUUAAAUUGAAACUCACUAUGAACGGUACGAAGGUGUCUGAGGAAGCGAAGCGGCUGACCAUAGAGGACAUCUCAGUGGACGAUGUGGAUAUCAGUAAUGUGGAUCUGGAGAACAGCUUCUUCCUCCAGCCUUACACCACCAAGAAGAGGCGGGCCUUGCUCAAGGCCAUGGGAGUGAAGAAGAUUGACAGGGAGGAGAAGCGGCAGUUGCAAAGGAUUCGUCUUUCUCGGGAAAACUGCGGUUGUGACUGCCAAGGGUUUUGUGACCCCGAAACCUGUAGCUGCAGUGUGGCAGGAAUUAAAUGCCAGAUGGAUUACACCUCUUUUCCUUGUGGUUGCACCAGAGAUGGUUGUGGGAACACAGAGGGGAGAAUUGAGUUCAACCAAGCUCGGGUGCAGACCCACUUCCUCCACACCCUCAGGAGGUUGGAGUUGGAAGAGAACCAGCAAAACAGCGAGUCUGAGCUACCCUUCAGAGACCAUCUUCACCCAUUUGUCUAUCCGGUCAAGAAGGCCUGCUACGAGGAAAGGGCCGUCUCGCUGAUGCCCGUCUUCAAGUUCAGCACCACCUUGGAGACUGUGGGCGAGAACAGCUGCAGUAGCAACACAACCGACUCGUCGGUGUCAUCCAAUCAAAGCGAGGAUUUGGAAGAGUCGUACGGAACUCACCCGUCUGAGAAGUCGCAAUUGGAUAUCGAUGACAAUGGCCUGGCCCGGAUCCUCCACUUCAACGAUUCGGAUGCAGAAGAAGACAGCAGUGGUGUUGGCCACUGCCAGGAUAAUCUGAGUUCUUUCCACCCUUCUGGUUUCUUUAGUGUGGAUGUGGAAUACCAGUGUGCUACCAACCCUGCUGGAGAGAUGGGCUCCAGCAGUGGUUUUGGCUAUUUAUCAAACAUCACCGAAUGCUUGGAUGAGAAUGCCAACCAGGGACCAAGCGAUCUCCUUGAGGAGAUCUCCAUUGAGCAGGAUGAAGAGGGCGCCAGCUUUUCUCCAUCUUCCUCUGAAGAACUGGACUCCAAGAACUACAUGGAUCUGAGCUUCUCCUCCGAUUCUUUGGAUUUUUUCCAGUCCUUUUCGGAUUACAACCUGGGACCUCUUUAUAACUCCUUGAAGGAGUAUGAGAACGUGGACAACUUUACCGUUUUGCAGCUGCAGUUUCCAAAUCUCCCCAGCUUCUCUCAACCUGCAGAUCAGAGCAGCUGUUUUCUGGAGUCCCUGAUUGGGUUGUCUGAAUCUGUCCCAGAAAUCCCUGCACCUUUUUCAGACAGCCAGCUUCUUGAAGAUGCCAUUAAAUCAUCUCUAGUGGAGACCAUGAAGGUUUAAAUUUUUAUUUUUUUUAUUUUUAUUUUUUGGUAAAAGGAAAGGCCGGACAGUGUCUCAUUUCCUAUGGUGAAUAAACAUUCCUUUCUGCAAGAUGCUGGGAAGAAGAUCUCUCUAAUCAGAUAAAUCAAUAUUGUUCUAUUUUGGACACUUUGUGGAGAAAAAAAAA